UAUGUUGAAGUUUGUGAUUUUGUUGUCGGUCGUUGCCUGCGCUUUUGGUGCUGCCAUUCCUGAGGGUCUCCUACCCCAGUUGGAUGGACGCAUUGUUGGCGGUACUGCCACAACUAUCGGAAACUAUCCUUAUCAGAUUUCUCUGCAGCGUAAUGGCGGCCACUCCUGCGGUGGUUCCAUCUACAACAGCCGCGUUAUUGUGACUGCUGCCCAUUGCCUCCAGGGAGUGUCCGCUUCCGCCCUGCGCAUCCGUGCUGGUUCCAGCUACUGGAACUCUGGUGGUGUUGUCAUCAGCGUUGCUAGCUUCAAGAAUCACGAGGGAUACAACGGAAACACAAUGGUCAACGAUAUUGCUGUUGUCCGUCUCAGCAGCGCCCUGUCCUUCAACGGCAACAUCAAGGCUAUCGGUCUGGCUGGCUCCACUCCCAAUAACGGUGUUGCUGCUGUUGUCACCGGUUGGGGAACUCUUAAGAGCGGCGGCUCUUCUCCCUCACAGCUUCAGAAGGUUGAUGUUAACAUUGUCGGCCGCACCCAAUGCCAAUCCGGCACUUACAGCUAUGGUAGCGAAAUUAAGGCAACUAUGAUCUGCGCCGCUGGCUCCGGCAAGGACUCAUGCCAGGGUGACUCUGGUGGCCCAUUGGUUUCUGGUGGUGUGCAAGUUGGUGUUGUUUCCUGGGGUCGUGGCUGCGCCGCUCCCAAAUACCCCGGUGUUUACUCCAAUGUUGCCGAGCUUCGUAGCUGGGUGGCUAACAAUGCUUAAUUUGGCUGUUAAAUAAAUCAGUGAAUUAACGAUUAAAAAACUAAUGCGAAUUUUUUUUACCACA